AUGUCUCAUGGACACGAUUUCUCCCAUAGUCUUGAAGCCGGGCGAUGGCCUCCCGCUCAGCACCCAAAACGGAUAUCCUCUAACCAUUGGAUAUCUCUUGGGAUCAUCCACCGUGGUCACCGCGACGUUACGAUUGAACCAGUCCUGCAUCUCACCGUCCAUUGA